AUGGACCACUCGAUGCAUAUGGGCAUGGGUCAUGGUGAUAUGGGCCAUGGUGAUAUGGAUAUGGGUGGGAAAUGCAAUAUGAAUAUGCUGUUUACCUGGUCCUCCGAGAACUUGUGCAUUAUCUUCCGCAGCUGGCGUAUCACCGGUCCCUUCUCCUUCCUCGUGUCCCUCAUCGCUAUCGUUAUCCUUACUGCGGGCUACGAGGGAGUACGAUCAGCGACUCGGAAAUACGAGUCUGCCCAUGCACAGCGGUUAAGCGUGUUGAACACGUCUGCCACUACUGGGGACGCUGAGACCGCCGACCCUAUCAUUGCCAACGGCCUGGCGGAUGCAACCCGUAACACUCACCACGAAAGCUCACCACUACUUGCAGGAAGGGAGAACAGAGCGGCAUUGGCACGCAAGGGCAAGCUUGCCCUGGCGGCUCUGUAUGCCGUCCAGGUGUUCUAUAGCUUCUUCAUCAUGCUUCUCUUCAUGACGUAUAAUGGGCAGGUCAUGAUUGCGGUUGCAGUGGGCGCAUUCGUUGGGUACUUGGUUUUCUCCGAAGGGACGCCAGCCACAAAGACGAUCGCGUGUCAUUGA